GCAACCUAAGAAACUGUGAAUUUAGCAUUACUCUGUCAUCAUUUGCUAUUUUGUCUGAUGCAAGAUAUAGUUUCACAUAAAACCGUUAUCAACCGUUAGUUUUAAACAAUGGAUCCUGCCGAUAGUACGACUUCCUCACUUGGGACAACUGGAGAUACAGGCCACCUCUUGCAGGAGCUUAUCAACUUACAAAAAUCCCACGUGAUGUCUUCUGGGAAUGUGACCGGAUCUCUACCAAUACAUGAAAGUAUGGAUCCAGGAAAUUCUGGAGAUGGAACAGCGGGUAAUCCUACCCUGACAGAACUGAUGAAGACAAUAUACGAUGCCCCUGCUCCACGCCAGUUAAUUACACUUCAAGGAUCUGAUACAGUGAAUAGCUUCAGUGUAUAUGGUCGAGAGGUGGACAUAAUGGCCAGUAAGGGCAGCAGUGGCAUUGUAACAGGAUCAGGUGGGAUGUCACAGGCCACGACAGGCAGCAAUAAGGUGAAGAUAACUCCUGUGGUGAAGUAUGAUUGGGAACAGCUCCACUACAUUGGUAACCUGGUGGCAAUACACAAAAACAGUUUGUAUGCAGCAUAUACUCUCAGAGGUAAAUCAGGUGGCAUUGUACGAAUCAUUAAUCGCCGGACAGCUGAACGGGUCCUGUUAAAGGAUUUCACUGGCAAGGUUAUAGACAUAGCCUUUGCUCACACAGAUGACGUCAUUUUUGGUGCUGUGGAUGAGGUCGGCAAUCUCUUUGUAUACAGUAUUAAAGAAACAGAUUCCGACAAACUGAUAACUAACCUUGUCCUUCAUGUCCGUCGUGAUAAAGAGGCACCUCGCACCGAGUACCACCGCCUGAUCUGGUGCCCAUUCAUCCCAGAUGAUUCAGACGAUAGCAGUGUAACUGAGUCCUCCACACAGGAUGCCUCAAGAGUGCUUGUUCUUACUCACAAUGAGAAGGCAGAGAUCUGGAAUGUGGACCUGGUGACUAAGGAAUAUUCUAGUGGUCCACUGGUGGUACACGAAGUGCAGUUUGGACUGAUUCUCAUCGACAGUCAUAAACAGGCCAUCAUGGAUGCUGCAUUUUCACCUGAUGGCACGGCUCUAGCGACGGCCAGUUUGGAUGGGGAAGUCAAAUUCUUCCAGGUCAAUAUGGGUGAAAACAUGUCUCCAAGAUGUCUACACCAGUGGAAACCUCACGACGGCAAACCACUGUCGAGCCUAUUCUUCCUGGAUGACCACAAGUACUUCAGUGAGGAUGCCCAGUUUUGGAAAUUUGCUGUGACUGGAGCUAUGAAUAAUCAGGAGUUAAAGAUCUGGACGUGUGAAUCUUGGACCUGUCUACAGACAAUCAGAUUUUCCUGCCCACCUGGAUUACCAUCAAAUUUCCAACUUGACCCCUGCAUGAAAGCAGCGUUAGAUUUGAGUGCUAAAUAUCUGGUCCUGUCUGAUAUCCGAAGAAAGGUACUGUAUGUGUUACAAAUACAUCAGGAGAGUGACUCUAACACUGCCCACAUCAGCUCGGUGUCCGAGUUUCUACUUGCCCAGCCAUGUCUAAGCUUUGCUAUAAUGGAUGCGAGCAAGAAAAAGUUUAAAAAAUCUGUCACAGAGGAUGAUUCUCACCUGGAUGACAUCACCACAGGUGAACUUGAGCGAGAGGAAAAUGAGGAUGGUGAUAGCAAAAUGGAAUGUGGUACUACGUCAGGUGUUCAAAUUAAGUUAUACACUGUCCACCCCAAGACCCUACAAGAGUUACAAAUUCGUUUCCGCCCGGAGUCGUCAGCUCCUCCACUGCCCACACCAUCAGUCAGCACCAUAUCUCAUGAUGAUACAGGACUACAGGAUGGCCUGUCAGACAUGAGUGUAAGUCUAGAGAUGAGUGUGACUGACAUAGACAGUAAUAAGGACAGCCCAGGACAGCCAGCACCAGUCCUUCUUACCCCUGAUGUGUUCAAAGCUAGUCCCAGGAAGGUGACAGACAAUAGUAUCCUAGAGCCAGUACGGGUCAGUGCAGGUUCCAGUACCAGUAGUUUUACCCAUGUGACAGGGCUUAAUGAUGAUUUCAUGUCACCACGUAGUUCUGGUGAUCAAUCUGACAUCACACAAACCCCAACACCCAAGGACUCCACACCGAGUCGUGCCAACCCGGAACUAACACCUGGCUCUCUUCCACUGCCACCUAUCACCAGUGCUGAAGAACAGGACUUACAAACCCCAAAGUCCAAAGAGUCCCUCAACUCAUCAGGAGAAGUAACGCCAAAGGCUGAAGGUCGACUGGCCAACGUGUGUAUUGACGACUUGUUUGAUACUCAAGAAAGCUCGGGCAGGCCUAUUGUAGGCAGAACAUUUGACAGCACCAGUAGUACUACAGGGUUUGAUGUGAAUGAUAUUGUAGGCCCCAAACACUCCAGUUCUAAAGAGUAUGAUGAGGAUGAUGAGGAAGUGGCGGAGGUGUUGGGGGAGACGAUAGAGGAAGAAGAAACCAGUAAGGAGAUGAUUGAAGGUACGCAACCCUUCGUGGAGCAAGGUACGCAGUCAUCCCAGGGAGAUAGUGAAGGUCAACAGGUGCUGCGGGCCUGGCCACGUCCUCCUGAUGUAAACACAGAGAGCCAGCCACACCCUCAGGACAGCUAUGACGAGGAGGGUGAUGAUGAUGUACAGGUGGAGGGAGAGGAAAUCUGUGAAGACGAGGAUGAAGAUGACGAUGGUGUUGUUAACCAGGAACAGAAUGUAGGAGACCUACAGAAUCAAACCCAGGAUGAGAGUAGUGAGGAAAUCGAGGAGCAGAUAGAGGAACACUCAGAGGAAUCUGACCACAACAGUCCAAAGGAAGCUCCAGUGUUGAAGGCUGCAGAUAGACACAAUAUCUCUUCUCCAAGGGAUGCUGGCGUUCCUGUCAGAGAAAUACAUCGUGAAACCAUCCGAGAAGUCAUAGACAAAACAGCUCUGUCUCAGUUACAGGAUCACCUACAGAGUGUUUUGGUGGCCCUUGAAGCUCAGAACAGUCAAAUACAGCGGUUACAGGACCAGUUGGUAGAGCAGCAGGAACAACAGGCAGAGUUACAGCGACAGCAGAUUGAGAUGGAGCAGCUGCGACAGAUGGACAAACAACCACAGCCAAACAUUGAGGAACAUCUGGGCAAGCUAGAGUCCAUCGUCACAUCACGGGUGGAGCGCAUGUUCAGCCAGCAUGCGUUGAAAGAAAACCAGCGGAUACAGGAUCUUUUACAGCAGACUGAGCGCCGCGACCAGCAUCGACAGGACAAGUUACAACAGGCAGUAACGCAGACUGUUAACCAGGCAAUCCUACACAACCUGGAGAAGCAGGUCAAGGCAGAGAUGAGAAACACAGUUGUUCCAAAUGUGGGCAAGGUGCUCGAGCCCCUGAAGGAACAGCUUCACCAGGAUCUUGCUCAGAAACUGACGGCUACAGACGCUCUACUGAAGGACAACAUCAGUAAGAUGGUGCGAUCUAGGCAAACAGUGGAUGCUAUUGGGAUGGCAGCAGGCAACGCUCUUCAGACUCCUAUACAAGUGGCUUAUAGAGAGGCAUUUCAAAAUAUUGUGAUCCCCAACUUUGAGCGCACCACUCAGAACAUGUUCCAACAGAUCAAUGAAACAUUUACUAAAGGAUCAAAGGAAUACAUCAAGCAUCUAGACACACAUUUAGACCAGAUCAAACAGAAACACCUGGAGGCUCGGGAUCCUGUGGUUGGACAGAUGAAACAACUAGCAGACUCGUUUAGAACAUCGGCAGAGACAAUGCAGAGCUCUGUGAUGUCAGCCAUACAAAGUCAAAUCCACACAGAUAUGGAGCAGUCCAUGACAAAUCUACAAGAUCAAGUGAUCCAGUUUGUACGGCAGGCCGUGAAGGAGGAGGUCAGUAUAGCUGUCCGAGAACAAGGUGCCAGUAUCAGUGAUAGUGUGUUAACAGCCAUGAGGUCAGGGGCUGUGACCCCUAUACAGGUGACCCCUGACCCACAUCAAGCCCAGACACAGAUCCUUCAACUACUUCGUCAAGGCCAACUUAAUGCUGCUUUCCAGGAGGCCUUGUCAGCAUCAAAUCUGGACCUUGUGAUGUUUGUUUGUGAGACAGUCAAUCCCCAACAAGUAUUUAAUCAGACGCCUUGCCCUCUACAACAGCCUGUGCUGCUCUCCCUCAUACAACAGCUGUCAGCAGACCUAGCCAACAGUACAGAACUCAAACACAAGUAUCUAGAGGAAGCAGUGAUGAAUCUGGACAUGUCUAACAGUGUCACACGAGAACAUCUGAAGGGCGUGUUAUAUGGACUGAUACAGAAACUAAAGACCUACAUUGCCAGUCAUCCUAAUGCUAAAACUACACGCUCUCUCAGGAUGCUGCAGAUGGCUUCAGAAUCUCUCCUUAAGUAGAUCAUAGGUAGCAAUAGUAAUGGUUUGUACCACGACAGGAUCAUCACCACCACUACAGCGUUAACCAAGGUCCUACCACAGUAAAAUGUGGAUUAUGUCAUUACAUUGUGAGCUGCAUCCUUCUCCGAGUAAGAUGUGGACUAUGUCAUCACAUUGUGUGCUGCAUCCUUCUCCGAGUAAGAUGUGGAUUAUGUCAUCACAUUGUGUGCUGCAUCCUUCUGGGAGUAAGAUGUGGGCUAUGUCAUUACAUUGUGUGCUGCAUCCUUCUCGGAGUAAGAUGUGGACUAUGUCAUUACAUUGUGUGCUGCAUCCUUCUUGGAGUAAGACGUGGUGUGCAGCAUCCUUCUCGGAGUAAGAUGUGGACUAUGUCAUCACAUUGUGUGCUGCAUCCUUCUUGGAGUAAGAUGUGGACUAUGUCAUCACAUUGUGUGCUGCAUCCUUCUCGGAGUAAGAUGUGGACUAUGUCAUUACAUUAUGUGUUGCAUCCUUCUUGGAGUAAGAUGUGGACUAUGUCAUCACAUUGUGUGCUGCACCCUUCUUGGAGUUAGAUGUGGACUAUGUCAUCACAUUGUGUGCUGCAUCCUUCUUGGAGUAAGAUGUGGACUAUGUCAUCACAUUGUGUGCUGCAUCCUUCUCGGAGUAAGAUGUGGACUAUGUCAUUACAUUAUGUGUUGCAUCCUUCUUGGAGUAAGAUGUGGACUAUGUCAUCACAUUGUGUGCUGCACCCUUCUUGGAGUUAGAUGUGGACUAUGUCAUCACAUUGUGUGCUGCACCCUGCACUGUAUAUGUUGGUACAUGGCCAUUGCUCUUGCAGUGUAUUGUUCUGUCAUCACAUCAGCCUUACCGUGGAUAAGGAGAUUUUUGUUGUACCAUGAUAGGCUCUCUCUUAUACAAGGGUUAAUUAUGGUCAACUGUUGAGAAUUGUACAGAAAGCCAAGCUAGGUGUCAUUAUAGUCAAUAACAUGCAGACCACUUACACCAAUAGUCCUUGUAUGGAUCAUAUGGAGACAGACUGACAACAAGUUUAUUGAUGAGGUUGGACAGACUGAGGACAAGUUUAUUGAUGAGGUUGGACAGACUGACGACAAGUUUAUUGAUGAGGUUGGACAGACUGACGACAAGUUUAUUGAUGAGGUUGGACAGACUGACGACAAGUUUAUUGAUGAGGUUGGACAGACUGACGACAAGUUUAUUGAUGAGGUUGGACAGACUGACGACAAGUUUAUUGAUGAGGUUGGACAGACUGACGACAAGUUUAUUGAUGAGGUUGGACAGACUGACGACAAGUUUAUUGAUGAGGUUGGACAGACUGACGACAAGUUUAUUGAUGAGGUUGGACAGACUGACGACAAGUUUAUUGAUGAGGUUGGACAGGUGGAUAGUUUCUGAUUUCUGUUUAUUGACCAGAUUAUGAUCCUUGUCAUAAAUACCAGAUUUCACACAGAAUCAUGGUCCAUUGUUACAUCUCAGUAUAUUUUGUUGUCAGAAUCUCUAUGUAGUACUAUAUUUCACUGCUGUGUGUUUCAGCUAAGUUCCUGGUGUUGUAACACCAGCUGACAGCAAUACCUAGUGUACUGUUCCUGUAGAAUGUGGAAAAAAUCAUGUUUCAUGAAUCAGUAACCUUACCAUUUACAUGCAGAUGUAUUAAAAAAAAAGAACAUCAAAUUUUCUCCUUACCUGGCUUUAAACAACAGAAGUGACUCCAGUGAUGGCACUUCCAUUGUUUUGCAUAGUUAUAUGUAUAGUCAAUGAUAAUUUGUACUGUAGUUACGCCAAAAUGGGGAGGCAUCUACAGCAUUGGCAAGGGCAACCUGCCCAUCUCAUAAAAAAAUCAUUAUACCAGUUUCAAACAGGAAGUGUUCAGUAUCGUUUGUAGCUUGAUUCAGGCUGUACUGUUAAUCUUCAACAUGUAAUCAUCAUCUUUUAUCAAUCAUUCUCUGACCAUAAUUAAUUGACAUUUCAACUUCAUCUCAAAAUCCUCAGAACCAAUUUUAAAGAAAUUUUGCAGAAUCCUUCCAUGGUUAAAACUGAAUUAAUAUUUUGAAUUACAUGCUAAUUCAACAAUCUUCUUCUGUCCAAUUAGAAAUGUCUUCAUGGAUGGGAAGGACUUCAAGUGUUGUUUCAAACUUUUUUGUUAUUGCAUGAGAUUACUCACAAAGCACAUGAUACAGAGCUUCAAACUUGGCUGGAUGUUUUAUCUUUUCUUCCUCAAACCCAUGCAUGCUAGAUCAAAACAAUGAUUAUUUUUUUACCAGUAUUCUCAAAUACCAUAAACCCUGUUUACACACUUGCAUUACAUGUAGUACUGGUCAUGUUAGUUUGUGUAAUAUAAGUUAACGAAAUGAUUUCCAUGUCAUGUCACAAAAAUUAUGAGGAUUUCCUGCUGUGUAAUACUAGCUCUUCUAAGAUAAAUAAAACGUAAAUAUUCCUUGUUUACAUCUCUAUAAAACAUAUCCCUGCCAGAGUUAAUUGCUUGUAAGAAGCCUUAUUUAAUCACAAAAUAGGAUUUUACAAAGUUACAGGUUUGUGUGAAGUCAGAAAUCAGAUUACACUUGUCUCAUUAAGCUUGGUGUACUUUUGGUAAUAGCAUGGGAUCACUAUAAUUAAGUUAUUACAUGUUGUAAAGACUCGCUGAUCUUGAUAUGUCACAAAUAACUAAUGUCUUUGGUAUUAGAUGGGCUAUAAAAGACAUUUACAGAUAUUAGUGAUGUAUGCUUUUGAGGAGGGAGUACGAAGAGGUCAGGAGGGAGGGGAGAAUGGCUGAGGAGGAGGAGGGGGUGAUUAUAUAAUGGCAGUCCUUCAAUCAUCGGUAUAGCAAUGUACAGAGCCACAGCAAAAUUAAAGGAAAGCAACAUUGGUAGUUCUAUCAAGUGCUUUUUUGUACUUUGCAUAAAAUUGAUGGAAUUAUGAUACCAAAAUUAUAUACUUAAUAACUAUGAAUUAUAGGUAUAUGGUUGAUGUGUGAUAGGAUGUGAACCACACACCUGUCAGGAAUUAAAUCUGAUGGUGGUUGAUGUGUGAUAGGAUGUGAACCACACACCUGUCAGGAAUUAAAUCUGAUGGUGGUUGAUGUGUGAUAGGACAUGAACCACACACCUGUCAGGAAUUAAAUCUGAUGGUGGUUGAUGUGUGAUAGGAUGUGAACCACACACCUGUCAGGAAUUAAAUCUGAUGGUGGUUGAUGUGUGAUAGGAUGUGAACCACACACCUGUCAGGAAUUAAAUGUGAUGGUGGUUGAUGUGUGAUAGGAUGUGAACCACACACCUGUCAGGAAUUAAAUCUGAUGGUGGUUGAUGUGUGAUAGGAUGUGAACCACACACCUGUCAGGAAUUAAAUCUGAUGGUGGUUGAUGUGUGAUAGGAUGUGAACCACACACCUGUCAGGAAUUAAAUCUGAUGGUGGUGACACCUGUCAGCCGUUCCUUGAAUUAAUCAGCAGGA